GCUUCAGUAUUGCACAGCCAACACCACCGCAAUGCCUACACGAAAGACCCAAACGCGGAAGCACCGUGGCCACGUCUCGGCCGGUCAUGGACGAGUGGGCAAGCACCGAAAGCAUCCCGGUGGUCGUGGUAUGGCCGGUGGUCAACAUCACCACCGAACCAAUCUCGACAAGUACCAUCCGGGUUACUUCGGUAAAGUCGGUAUGCGAUACUUCCACAAGAUGAAGAACCAGUUCUGGAAGCCCGUCAUCAACCUCGACAAGCUCUGGUCCCUCGUCCCUCUCGAGCACCGCGAAAAGUACCUCGCCGGCAGCAAGUCCGACACCGCCCCCGUCCUCGACCUCCUCUCUCUCGGCUACAGCAAAGUGCUCGGCAAGGGCCGCAUCCCCGAGAUCCCCCUCAUCGUUCGCGCACGAUACUUCAGCAAAGAUGCCGAGCGCAAGAUCAAGGAAGCCGGCGGUGUGGUGCAACUCGUUGCAUGAGUGACCCGCUCGCACGACUGUCCGAAAAGUCCAUUCAUGGCGUGCGGAGGAGGCACAAGAGUGGGACGGAUUGCGAAACGCAUCCGCUAGAUACCAUACCAGAACUCCCUCAGCGUGGUGGCUGAGAGAUGCUAUGCAGCCACGAAUUAGACUAUUCAAUGCAAGCAAGCAUCUCUGAACAAACCUUCUGACAUUCUCGCGAAUGUGCGAGAAUGAGCUGUCCCUUCCAUGUGUUUGCACAAGGUAAGCGUGUUUGCCUUCGUCCUUGUGGGCAUUCGACUCGUUGCAAUGGCGUAGAAAUCUCUUUUGUGCCCUUCCGUAUUUGCGUGUUUUCUUCCCGACAAUGGCACCCAGUGAGACCUAUGACACACAUCGUUACAUUUCAGAUUGGAGAUGGUGCUAUCUAGGGUUUGUA